GUGGCAUCAUUUUUCACUAAUCCAUGGAUGUCAAUUUCUGAUAAGGAAAGGUUUACAAUGUUAAAAUUGCUUAUGAUCCAAUUAGUGUGGCAUGCUGAAUCAGAUUCCCCAUCUCAACGUCAUUCAGCCGCUUAA